UGAACUAACCAGGGUAACAUGCGCAGAACGAAUAAUAACUGUCGUAUGCCGGAUGUUUAAUAGCACGACAUCUGUACUUUGUAUGUUACACUGAUUUAAAAGUUAGGUUAACUUCCUUUUUUCCGGUCCGAAAAACCGUGAGCACUCACCUUCAAGAUGGUGAAGAUUAUGAAACAGGGAAAAGUCGUAUUGGUCCUUAGUGGCCGAUACGCUGGGAGAAAAGCCGUUGUAGUACGUAAUUAUGAUGAUGGUACUACAGAAAAGCAAUAUGGACAUGCCAUGGUUGCAGGCAUUGACCGAUACCCACGCAAAGUGCAUAAAAGAAUGGGUAAAGCAAAGAUUCAUAAACGUUCCAAGAUCAAGCCAUUUGUGAAAGUUCUGAAUUAUAAUCACUUAAUGCCAACAAGAUACACUGUAGAUCUGCAUUGGGAUAAAGUAACUCCUAAAGAUCUUAAAGACCCAAUGAAACGCAAAAAGGUUCGAUUUCAGACGAGAGUUAAAUUUGAGGAAAAGUACAAAUCUGGUAAAAACAAAUGGUUUUUCCAAAAGUUACGGUUCUAA